GGUUCCGCCGGAGGGAAGUCUGAAGCAGCAACAACCACUGCUAAAUUUUGAAAUGCCUACAGAGGGAAUUGUUUAAAUAAAAUAACCAAUUAAAGCCACCCGUUUUUCACUGAAAAUAAGCAUUUGAAACAUUAACAUUCAAAUACAGUGGUGCCCAUGGAACCAUUCGCUGUUAAAUGUUUCUUCCCGACUACUUUUACGCACGCACAUGCAUCUUUAACGUUUCUGCAUGUUUUUUUUUUAAACAGGGACGUUACUUAAGGUGUUAUUUAAUAGUUAGCUGUUAUAAUGUCAAUGUAAACAGAUAUGAAGAGAUUGUAAUAUGCCCUGAACAUAUCGUAGCUAAUGUCAGAGCAUCAUUUAUUCUGUUAGCUAAGCUAACACCAGGCUGCUGUCAGGGGGGGGGGGGAGAUUGCUCACAACGAUGCUAACGACUUUUGUAGAUAUGUUAGCUGUUAUAUUUACCUUUUUCACCACGAGAAGCAUCACCACGUUGACCAAGCAGCAGUGAUCUCUUACUGUUCCACAGAUUUGAGUUAAAACAACAUAAAGAUGCCUAAUGCCAGUGCGCGUCCAAAGCAUGGCAGGAGGACUCGAAGGCGCCGCAGAGAGGACCCUGCCAGGAACGAGCUGGUCUCUAGUUCCCUGGAAAGUGCCCAGCAGUGCCUGUUCAACCAGGAUUAUGGGACUGCGUUUGUGCACUAUCUUCUUGUCCUCAACCUGGCACCUGUGUUUAAAGACUUUGCCAGGGAGUCCUUCAGGUUCACUCUCUUCAAAUGGACUGAAGAGCUGGACUCUGUGGGCCGUAUUCAGGACCUCUUUGACUGUUAUGAACAAGCACUGGAACUAUUUCCUGCUGAUGAGGUUAUCCUAAACAGCAUGGGUGAACAUCUCUUCAGAAUGGGAUUCAGGGAUGAAGCAGCAGGUCAUUUCCACAAAGCCUUGAAGCUUAGACCAGACUAUCCAGAGGCCAGGGAGAACUUCUAUCGCGUUGCCAACUGGCUGGUGGAGCGCUGGCAUUUCUUAAUGCUCAAUGACCACGGGAGGAACAGAAAGUACCAGCAAGCCAUUCAAAAAGCUGUUCAGAGUGGCUGCAGCACUGUACUUGAUAUAGGUACUGGCACAGGGAUCCUUGGUAUGUGUGCUAAGAAGGCAGGGGCAGCCGAGGUGUAUGCUUGUGAACUGUCAAAGACAAUGUACGAACUGGCCUGUGAGGUGCUGGCUGCUAACGGAAUGGAUGGGAGCAUCAAGAUCCUCCAUAUGAAAUCUCUGGAGAUGGAAGUGCCAAAAGACAUCCCACGCAGAGUGUCCCUGGUGGUGACGGAGACAGUGGAUGCAGGAUUGUUUGGAGAGGGAAUCAUUGAGAGUCUAAUUCAUGCCUGGCACCACCUUCUGCUCCCUCCACAGAAAGGAGAGAACGAGUCCCAGGAGCAGUCAGUAACAGGUCGGGUCAUUCCUGCAGGAGCCACCGUGUUCGGGAUGGCUGUUCAGUGCAACGAGAUUCGCAGACAUCAUAGGCUUUGUGUGUCAGAGGUUGGAGGUCUGUCCAUGGCUGCAGCCGGGGAGCUCCGCAGCCCGGUCAGCUGCAGCUCUGAGCCCGACGAGUCCAUGGAGCCGUACACCACAGAGAGACUCAGCAGACUGCCAGGAGGAUACAAAGCCCUGACUGAGCCAUUCACAGCCCUCAACAUAGAUUUCAACAAUGUGCAGGAACUGGAGGGACUGAGCUCCAGGCCCAUUCAGCAGAUCCACCUCCCCGUCAUAGAGGAGGGAGAGCUGGAUGCUCUGGCGGUGUGGUUCCAGCUUCACCUGGAUGAGGAGAGCAGUCUGUCCACUGGGCCACAGGAAGACACCUGCUGGGAGCAAGCCAUCUACCCUAUGCACACCACCAAGGGUUUUGUCCUGAAACCCAAAGACGAGCUCAUAGUUGAAGUCUCCUGCAGAGAUGCCUACCUCAGACUCUGCAGUGUGGCCGUGCUUAGAGACGGGCAUGAAAUCUGUCUGGACAAGCGUCAGGACUCUCAGGACUCUGGAAACACAACACAAAACCCAGAAGCAGAGCUGUGCAGUGCACUGGCCUGCCUUCAAACAGACCAUAUCCAAACCAAAGACUUCUCCAUGCUGGAAUGUGCCGAGAUGGCGCUCCUUAACAAUAAGGAUUAUCAUCACAGUUUUAACACAGCGCUAGGUAAACUCAUCUCCCAGCUCAAGGUUCAAUACCGAACCAGAGAGCGAGGAUCAGAUGUUCAGUCUGACUCCACAGACUCGAGUGACCUCCUCUACGUCCUGGAUGUGUCAGAGGGCUUCUCUCUGCUCUCCCUCCUUGCCGCCAGUCACGGUCGAGUAAAAGCUUACAGCUCUGUGGAGAAGAAAAAGCAACAAGAGGUCAUGAAGAGACUGGCUCGCUCCAAUAACAUCUCAGAACAGCAUUUAGAGUUCUGGCUCAACCACAUGGAGGAUGAGCAGGGGAUGCUGAAGAGGCCAUCCAGGGAGAAGCUGUGGAGCGCCAUCAUCCUGGACUGUGUGGAGACAUGUGGCCUCAUUAGACAGAAACUCAUGGACAAAGCUUCACUAGCCAGGUGCCUGCUUGAGGAAGGAGGACGUAUUUUCCCAGAGAGGAUCGUGGUUUAUGGUAUGCUGGUAGAGUCUGACACGUUACUGCUGGAGAGCGCUGUCCAGGGUCAGGAGCCAACACUAGGAUUCAAUAUUGCCCCCUUCAUCAACCAAUUUACUGUACCGGUCCAUGUUUUCCUGGACUUUUCCACACUGGAGUGCAGACAUCUCAGUGAAUCUGUGGAGCUCUUUGUUCUGGAUCUAAUGGAGGCCAGCAGAAACUACACUAACAGAGAAGUGAAGGUCCAAGCUACAUCUGCGGGUCGAAUCACUGCGGUUCCCUUCUGGUACAACAUCUACCUGGACCCUGAUAUCAGCGUCAGCACCCUCAGCCACAACACUCACUGGAAGCAGGCAGCCGCUGUGCUGCAGCAGCCACUGGAGGUACAAGCUGGGGACUGGGUCUGCCUCGCUGUGAAGAUUCACAAGAGCACGAUAUCCAUAUCAGUCCAUUUACAGGAUGCACCCAGGCCGAUGGAGUGAUGAUCACGUAUAUUGUUGUAUUGCGAUUAGUUUAAUUAGUAUGUUUUAUUACGCCUCGGACAAAUAGAGGGGACUGGCACACAAGGGAAUGAGUGGACACUAAGCAGUACCUAAAAACUUUACCUUUUCCAGUGUCAUUUUUUUAAUAAAUGUGACAAGUCUUCAAAUUUCCAAGUGAUCUCUAAGAAACCGAGUCUCUAUUUUAUAGUUAAGUUAGCAAAUUAAAGCUUGCAUGAGUCAUGCAUGGGUAGCUGAGUUUUCACAAUCACUUUGUGAAAGAACCUAUAGAGCGUUUGCAAAAUAUCACAGAAUAUUUGUAAUUCGUAUUUAUAGAUCCAGUAUUUGUAAAUACAUUAUAAAUAUUAGAGCUGUUCCUUUAGUGUAGGCUGAGCUGUUUUUGUUAGAUAAGUUUGUUAGCACAAAGAAAAGUUUGACCAAUAAAUGUGACAUUUUCUUAUAAUAAAUUCAAGAUAACAGAAAUGAGUGA